CCCCUUUGAAGUUCAAGUAGGUCCUGAAGCUGGUCCUCAGAAAGUGAGAGCCUGGGGGCCAGGACUUCAUGAAGGAGUUGUUGGGAAAUCUGCUGACUUUGUGGUAGAAUCCAUUGGCCCAGAAGUGGGAUCACUAGGUUUUGCCAUUGAAGGUCCAUCCCAGGCGAAAAUUGAAUGUGAUGAUCAGAAUGAUGGGUCAUGUGAUGUGAAGUACUGGCCCAAAGAACCUGGUGAAUAUGCUGUUCACAUCAUGUGUGAUGAUGAGGACAUACAAGACAGCCCCUACAUGGCAUUUAUCCAACCGACUGCUAUAGACUUCGACUCAGACAAGGUAAAAGCGUAUGGUCCAGGUCUGGAGAGAACGGGCUGUAUUGUGAACAAUCCUGCAGAGUUUACAGUUGAUGCCAGUGAAGCUGGGAAUGCUCCUCUGAAGAUAUAUGCACAG